CCUGGUAUUUUUAGAUUUAGAUAACAUUAGUUUAGAAGUGCUUACUGCGCAUCUAUUUACCUUGUUUUCUGAUAAUGGGCAUCGCUUUGGUUUCAUGUUGCUUGAUCUCUGCUUUUUACGCUGUCUGAUUUCUAAGCUUCUCUACGAAUCAUGAAUGGAUGCACUAUAUCGCUGGAGCUCGAAUUUGUUUCCUAAAUCUUAGAAAUCUAAAUCGUUGGUCUGAAAUUUAGAAAAUAUUUCAGGUAUCCUAAAGUCUUAAGAACUUUGUUACUUUCCUUAGCUAAUUAGCUUGACUUCAAGAAAAUGCCGGUGUUCUCGAAAUUCGUGCGUGUAAACAGCGACUUCAAACGGAGCGACGUGCUGGAUGCGUUCAAAUUAAGGCAACGCACUAUCUUUAGAUGUCUAUGAUGCCUGCCUGUUAUGAUUAUAACAGCAGGAGUAUACGAAGAAAAACCUUCUAAUCAAAGAAAUUGGCAAUACGGUCAAAGUCUGCCAGCACAUGGUCAACGACAAGCAACCGACUUCGUCCUUAAGAAUUUGGUUUAGUUCAAGUGCAUGCUUUAGGUACUCGCAUUCUUGAAGAGAGAGCUCAUAGUUGAGCUUUCUCAUUUAGCGAAAAAGGAGCAACUAUUCUGAUCAGACGCUUACCUAUACCAACGGUCCUGCUGUAAGUGUCUGUCUCAGACACCACGACUGGCUCCUAUCUAAUGCUGAAGCUGGGGCUGAUGGGCGGCAUUGAAUUAUGGCACAAACAUUCGAAAACUGAUUCCAUUUUGAUCCCACACUAGUAGUGGUCUCAGCUCUGCGUCGCAUCUAGUCUUUCUUGGUUUCAAAGUAGAAACGUUGAUCGUCAUCAUCACCAUUAUCAUACUCACCAUGGAAAUCGGCAAGCUUCCUCUAAUCUGCAAGAUCGAAAAGACUCUGAGCAUUGUCAAGCUGGCGAUGGAUGAUUAUGGCGCGAAGAUGAUGUAGCUUGAGGUUUCGAGGAGUGCAGACCCUCUCAGAAGAAGUGCUCUUGCUAACUGUAGUCUAGGAGGCAUUGCUAAGAGGGUCACAGGUUUAGGGUCCAAACUUCUAAGACACCGUCACCCAGGUACGCGAAGCCGUUCAUUAUACUUGGCGGGCACCGUAUGGUACAGGUACGUAGUAAAUGCUUCCAACAGGAGUCAGGAGUAAUGUCUGAUCUUGUUUUUAGAACAUUUAGAUUUUUUAGUUUCAGACUAUAAUUGAGAUAUCGGUGCGUUUCUGCGCCGUUUUAGAAUAAACGAAACUGAUAAUGCAUGAAGUCAUUUAUUUUUCAAAGCUUGGGACUUUUAAUAAGAGCUAGACUAGAAAAAGACGCUGUUAUGUAUCUCGUAAUGAUUUUGAUCGUCGUCAAAUUAUCUUCUUACCAGGUAGAGUGGGAAGCCAUGGGCCGCCGCAGCCGUUUGUCCCCGGCACGUGGAUCUCCGCGCGUAGGUGCUGCAACCGCUGCCCCAGUCGCCGCCGCCAAGGCCAACCCGCCUCCACCGCCUCCGGCUGGAAGCAACAACAACAACAACAUUCUUGGCAAUGUGCUCGGUCCAGCCGCGAACAAUGGAAAUGACCCUGGUGCUGGUGCAGGCAAUAACAAUGAGGUCGUGUUCGCUUCCGGUAAGGGUAAUAACAAUGGAAAAGGAAACGCGCCAGGUGGAGACUCCUUGUCUGGCAGCACAGUAAUAUUCAUAUUUAGAUUGUAUGCUUCACUUCACAAUCUUCCUGAUAUAAUCAUUAUCAGCAACCGUUUUCGAUUUUUAGAAAGAACUUGACAGUUGUUGCAACUUGACAACCAUCACUGUAAAGAUACUCUCCUACCCUGAUCUUUCCAUUUUACUUCUCACAGGUCAUCAUGGUGAACAACAUCCCAAUCUGGCAAAUGCCGGGUGCGCAAGCGCAAGGGCAAGCGGAAGAUUUGAAAGAGAGCAAAGAUGGUCUGGCUUCUACUGUGGUACUAAAUUUACUUCAUGGCUUAUCAUGACUGGCAUUCUUAUCACAGCCUUCUUGUUCUUCCCCUAAUAGAGCUUUAGAAGUCUUCUUCUUAUACCGUAUAGCGUGGAGUUUUAGAAGACGCACCAAGUAGCCUUAAACUCAUUACAACUGACGAAACGUCCCUGAACAUUCUUUACCAGGUUCCGGAGCAGCGUCAGCCGGCCGCGCCACGCAGUUCUUCUGUUUCGACAACUGGAUUAGAAUCUUCCAUGAUGUUGUCCCUGGACUCUUUCUUUGGUGCCUCCUCUGCUGAGGAACCAGCUCCCAAGCGCCAGUGCGGAGAACAACGCGGCCUGACGGUACUACAACUAAUAUGGUCUUCCGAUACACCGAAGCACAGAGUGCUAUGGUGGUUUGGUUAAUACUCUGCGACCUAUUUUACUCAAAUACUACUCCCUCACAGUGAAGAUAAAGAUUGAAGAUACUUUUAGACUCGUUAACUUAUUAUCAAAUUCGUUCACUAAUGGCUAACGUAACUGCAACACAGGAUGAAUCCCAGACCGGAACCGACAACAACAAGAAGGACAAGGAGGACCGCUUUACCAUCUAAAGAAUCCAAAGAUUCUUCAGCGAAGCAGAUGAUGGUAGCGAUGGGGAAGAUAGCGGAUGGGAUUUUUCGUAUGUACAAAUACACGCUGUAGGCAGACGUCAAUGUGAUGCAUCAGUAUCUUACUUUACAGGAGCGAAGUUUUACGUCAUUGGUGACUUCAGUCACGAUUUUCCUUACUGUAGUAUUGUUCUUGAAAACUGGAAGGUUCUCUUGAAUCUAUGGAGAUCAGAGUACAAGAUGUCAACAUGCAUCAAUCACAACAAAGGUAUCAAGCACACGCUGAUCUUGUCCAGAACUGAUAUAUUGCACUUGUGGAAGCUCGUUCGUGGGCUGUCCCCAGAGCAGGCCACUUCACGCGAAAGAGGCGAGGCGAAGAAGUGUUCGUGAGGAUCUUUGUUCUUGGGAAAGUCGUGUCUCUUUCACAUCAUUGAAGUUUUGACUUAUUUUUGCAUCAUUUAGAAUUUUUAGAAAAAUUUUUACUAUUAGUUUCAGGGUUGAUUUUUAUCAUUUUUGUUUGAAGAUGGAGAGAGAGCACAAGUAUUCAGAUGCAUUUUUAUGUCUUGUUUUGAAUGUGGAGCGAGAUCGUCUUUCAUAUUAUCACUCAAGAUUUUUGUUCUGAGAAGUAUUGUUUUGUAAGUUCUUUCAAGGUCUGCUAGAAGAUAUUAUGUUUUAUUUUUCUUGUUUUCAAAUAGAGUCUGUACUUGAUUAUUAAGAGAUUUCCGCUUUGAAGAUCUACAGAGUUUAGAGGUCUACGAGUAUGGUUGUGACGCUUUCUUUUGUUUCCUACGUGCACACUCAUCUAGUACUUAGACUUCUUUGAAUUGAGGACGUAGAGACAGCUAUUAGCUGCGCUUAUACCUCUCAAAAAAACCGGAUGUUGUAAAUCUAUCAUAAUGAUGAAGCAUUUUUUUGCUGGAGUUUAUUCUCCUUGCACCUGCUGAGAAUACAACUCAGAAGAAGGAAGUCACUUGCUGGGCAAUAAACACAGGAGCGAGCAAGAACUAGACA